UCUCGCUGAAGGUGUGAUGGAAGACACAUGCAACUACAGACGAAGAAAAGAACACUUUGAACACAUAUUUGAGAAGAAAGUGUCUUCGAGAUAAAAAUACACCUUACAGCCGAAUAACAUAUGAAUGGAUGAAAAGCACCAGACAACCUUUGAUGAUCUUCAAAAGGAUGAAGACGUCGAUCAUGGUAAUAAAUGCGAUGGAGAAUGUUAUCUUGAUGAAAAACCCCAGAUAACCUCUGAGCAUCGUCAAAAGGAUGAAGACGUCGAUCAUGGUAAUAAAUGCGAUGGAGAAUGUUAUCUUGAUGAAAAACCCCAGAUAACCUCUGAGCAUCGUCAAAAGGAUGAAGACGCCGAUCAUGGUGAUAAAUGUGAUGGAGAAUGUUACAAUGAUGUAGAUAUGCAAGACUGUUCUUUAACUGAUGAAGAGCCCAAUUUCACGUUGUCACAAAAGUUAAACAUUGUGGCCGGAAUAGUGCUGUUUAUUAUAGAUUUAUUUCUCGACAUUGUUGUUUGCUAUCAGCACUACAGAAAAGGAGAUAAAGGCUAUUUUGGAAUAACAGUAGCAGUCAUUAUUUUAUCAUCACUUCUACAUACGUUAUGGAGUCUCUGUUGGUACUUCAAGUACGAAAAAGCCUCUAUAAGCUUCUAUCAAUGGAUAUUUCGUGGGACUUUCUCAGUACUUCCACUGUCUCCAGUUUUAAGAUUUUUCGAGGCGUUUUGGUAUGGAAUUAAGAUCCGGAGGAGCAACAAAGAAAGUAAGAACUACUAUUACGAUCGCUUCUGCAGUUACUUCUUAGAUGCUGUUGAACUGCGAUUAGCUGAAUCAUUCAUGGAGUCUGCUCCACAGUUGCUAAUUCAAGCGUUCAUCCAGAUUAGGAUUAUCCCUAGAAACGCACUGCAACCUACAGGACAAGCCUACAAAGACUUUAUUGUGCGAUUCGUGUCAAUAGUUUCAUCUCUAGUUUCCUUGGCCUGGUCUCUGGUCUCCUAUUACAGCGGCCUGUUUAUGAAAUACAAGAUAUAUUUUAAAAUGAAGAUUAAAAUAUUCAUGUUCCUAUGGCACUUUUUUACCAUCGCUUCCCGUGUGAUGGCGCUCGUUCUUUUUGCUUCUUUCAGUCUCAAAAUUUUUAGUAUCUACUGUGGACUGCGUGUAGUUUUUGUAAUGUCGAUGAAUUUGGGGAAAGGCGGUAGAAUCUUCAAGGGUAACUGCAAUACAGAAGAUUUCCUAUUGUCAGCUGUAAGGGGAAUUAUUUCCACGUUUUGUUAUUUCAACUACAAGUCUGCACCCAUUCAGAGAGAUUACAUCCUGUAUUACACAGUUACAGCAAUAGAAAACACUAUCUUCAGUAUGUUGUGGUACUCUCAUUCAGAUGCAGCUCUUUUAUUUCGUGUACCUUUGAUGUGUUUUCUUUUUUUGAGCUUUUCUAUUGGAAUCAUAAUCAUGAUAAGAAAAAAGGUGUACAGGUACGGUCCUGCCCCUCUGGAGGCGGCAGAUUUGGCCUCUGACUACCAUGGCGUGCUGCAGCUCUGGACUUCGACAGAGUAAUGAUAGACUACGGUACGGUGAAAAUUAUAUCCAACUUCGUCAUCUAGUCCUCAGCCCGGAUGGAUUUGUUUAAAAUCUACCACAAUAAACUCUACAACACACGUGUAAUUAAUAACACGAGCUCAUAUCUCGAGCACCAAACAACUACAGUCCAUCAAGUUCUUUAUUAUAUUCAUUUUUGGCUUAACACCUAUCAUGAAGAUGAUGAUUAUGAUGACAACCAGCCAGAUGGAGUUGAAAUGUCAUGAAAUAAGGUUAAAAUGAUAUACAGUUUGUGGACUUUCCUGUGUGAAUUUUGAAACACUUCAGCUCUCCGAUGUGCUAAUUGGUAUAUGAAUUUGGCCAUCCAAAAUUCAUUACUUUAGUUCAAGCAGGUUUUGAAAUAUGUUGUGAAAAGAAAUUACAAAGUAUUGUUAAACCCAUUACCAAGACUUUUAAUAAGAAUUCGGGACUGCAGACCACAAUUUGCAGCAAGCUUCAUACUGUUGACCAGGCUGCAGCUCGUAAUUAUAAUCACAGUUCUGAAUUCAAGGCAUCAAUUUCACAGAGCUUAUAAAUCAAAACUGGAGUGAAAGACAAACGAGAAAACCUUUAUGUAGAGAGCUAAAUCUGCUAGUAAUUGUUUGGACGAGAUUGUGUUUGACUGAAACCUGGAGAACACUUUGGAUAUGAUGAUAUUGUCUCAAAUUUGGUGAGGAUAAUGUCAUGGUGUGUUUCUUUUUCAACCUGGUUCAAUGGUAAUGGACGAAUCUUGAGUGUGUUAUGACAUCGUCACCUAUUUGGUGACCUUCCACGAAAAGACUGUAUUUCUUUAAGUAUGAUAAUGUAUUUUACUAUAUCGCAUCUUGUGUCCAGCAGUUAGAGACUAAACGUCUAGAAAUGUCCAGAGCCUUUAUCUGAAUCUAACUUACCUGCUCUGGGCAUUUUGGAAUGUCAUCUGACAGAUAAACAAAAGAAACCCUGAAAUUUUGAUACAAUUGGAACUGGUUCGUAAGGAAAAAGACAAUUUAUUCUAUUAAAUGUUUAACAAUGGAUAAGUGUCAGUAACAGAGUCUCCGAGUCAGUUCUUUAUUCUAACUGUAAAUUUCCUUGAGCUAGUGACUUGUGUACUACACUCACGACUGUUAACCUGGAUUUUAAAUAAAUCUAUUGUAAACUGGAUUUAAUUCGAACUCUAACGACUAGUCUACACGACGUUCACAUUUACACAUGUUUUAAGUAUAUACAUAGUGAGUUAUUAAAGUUUAUACAAAACUUUUGGUGAGGUAAUAAGGAAUACUGUAAUAAUAUGCUAUGUUAUAAAUAAAUUGUGUGAAAUUUAGGAUUUUUGCUCUUCUUAUUUUAUCAUACCCUCCAUUCCCCCACAUAUUUUUAAGUUCAUGUACCUCAGUUUGGAUUAACUAAAAUACAUCUGUUCUUCUUUCUGAAAACAGCAUUUAGUUCGAUCAUACUAUUGCACCAAAAGAUUAGAUUAAUAGGUGGAAAUAUUUUUGUGUGGUGUUUUUUAUAGUCAAAAUACCCAUACACUUUUACACGUUAAAAGUAGAUUUUUUUAUAAGUUAUGAUAAUUUUCCAUUUAUUUUGCACUCUUGAAAUGAUAUUUGAUAUAUAUAUGUCAUAUAU